AUGGCAACUUGCAUAUCUCUCAAGGGCUCGACGCAAUGUCCCGCCUGGAAUGGCUCAUCAAUAUCAACUAGCUCUAGUCUCUACACUGACUUCCCAUUCAUGCAAAACGUUACAAGCGUAAAACAGUUUGACCAAGAGUUGAGUGAUUACGUCAAAGGAUCUUACGUUACCCAAAAAUAUGUCGACUACCUGGGCUGCCAGGGAGCUAAUCUUACGGAUACUGAUGAUUUCUAUGCCCGCUAUACCGCUAGCAGCAUUUGCAGUGGGCUCGUUCAAAGUUCAAAAAAAGACUGUGAUUUAACUGAUAAUGAGUCCAGGCCUCUUUGCGCUGAUACCUGUGCAUUGAUGGCUACAAGCGAAGCAACCAUUUUACUUAAUCCUGAUCUUUGCCCAAAAAGAGCCGGUAAUUAUAUGAGCCAAGUCCGUUCUGACUUUACCGUGUGUGCUCUUCCCGCCGACUCAUUAACUGUGACCUGCAUCUCGGGAGCUGACAACGAGUCCGACGAAUGUGGGUAUGGAUCGAAUCUGGUCGGCUUGUGCGGAUUUUGUGGGGCAAGCUCACCCAACUCCACUGAUUCCUGCUGCAUAAAUUCGAACGCUGCGACUCGAUGCAAAGAUGUGACCAUUCCCACGCCAUCAACGACAAUCCCGCCGAUUUUCACUUCGACAUCUAAUCCGACUGCAGGGGCUUCAUCUGGCCAUCUCUCCGGAGGCCAAAUCGCUGGAGCUGUGAUUGGGGCCGUAGCUGGAGUUGUUCUGUUAGCAGCACUGGCUGCGCUGGCGUUGAUAUGCUGGAGGCGAAAGCGAAGGGCCCGAAAUGACAAUGUUUUGAACCAGCCGAACCCUCAGAGGAAGGGCUUUUCACCAAUGCAACCCAGCCCCAACCAACAAGGCUUCGCACCGAUUCCAGGGGGGCGAGUAGCUAGGAUGUCUGCCCUGCGUGAGGCCCCAAGUUAUUCACCCGGGCGCUCUCGUAACUCCGCCGCCCUCUUCGGGAAGCGUACUGCCUCGCUGUCUAGCAAUUCGGUCCUGGCUGGUGCGGGUAGUGACGGGUCACCUCGCUCUGGCAGAGGUGGUCAAUACUCAUCACCAGAUGGGAUGGCCAGUGGCCAGUCGGAACAAUUAUCCUCAUUCCAUGAUUAUUACUCCCAAGAUGACAUUCGCCCAGGAGUCAAGGUUGCGGUCCUUUGGGCGUAUCAGCCACGAGCGGGCGAUGAAUUUGCCCUGGACCGAGGGGAGAUGUUGAAGGUGGUUGGAAUCUGGGAUGAUGGUUGGGCGACUGGUAUUCGGGUCCCGGAGAGUGCGGAGGACUAUGAUGCUAGACAUAGAGAACAGCGCGACAGCGGCGUAUCAAAUGGUUCACACAGACCAAUUGCUUCUCCUUCCCCAACUGGGGAAAUCAAAGCAUUCCCCUUGGUUUGUGUGUGCCUCCCCCAGCAUUGGAGAAAAAUCAUCGAUGGAGGACAAGCAGAUGAUGACCUAUGA